AUGAACGGACAAAAAUCGUUGAAGAUAUACACUCUUGCUAAUCCACGUGGAGUCCAUUUUUUCUGUGAGGUGUGCAAUAGAAAUGCUACAACAAUUUGUCCUGCUUGCCGAGUAACUUACUACUGUUCGGAAAAGCACAGGCAGGUAGAUUUGGAAAGCAUUCACGAAGAGGUAUGCAGCUUUUUAUCAAUUUUAAGAAACACACCGGCCUCAAAGUUCACUAUGAACAGUGACACUUCCGUAACAAGCAAUUUUAAAAAUACGUUACUUGUCAGUUUACACCUCAUUUCAUUGACGACUAUAAAAGCAAAAGAGUAUUUGUUUGAAGAACAGUAUUUAAAAGCAUUGCCUGCUGCCGUGCAUUCGUUACAUUUCAACAAUCAAUUGCAUGGUUCUGACAGUUUGGAAAAUGUUUGCUCUCUUUUGUUAAUAACUGAAGCAAAGCUUGGAAUGGGAAAUGUCGAAUUAGCUCGGCAAAUAUUUGCCCAGGCAGAAUGGAUGACAAAAGGAGCGAUUUCUUGUCCGGAUGAAACGCUCUCUCAUUUGUAUCGCACUCUUGCCAAAAUUAAUUUCGUUUUAGGUAAUUUUCCUAAAGUCAAACACUAUUCCAGUAAAGACAUAUAUUAUUGUUGCAAAAAAUAUGGUCCAAUUAGUCACCAUACUGCGGGGGGUUAUUUUCAACUAGGUUUGUCGUUUGAGAAGCAAGGGAAAAUGGAAGUUGCUAGGUCUUUGUUCAUGAAAGUAAGUCAAAAAAGAUUUUAUUGUUGGUUUAAUCAAACUAUUUAA